ACAGUCAGGAUGUCUGCAACUCUGAAGAUGUUAGCCUUGCUCCUAGUCGCCGCGGCGGCUGCUCCUCCUCCUCCACAGCUAGACUUCAACGACAUCAACCAGCUGAUCAAGGCCUUGGAGAUGCCUGGCGUCUUUAUGAACGACAAGUUCAUCCACAAGCCGCUUAAGGUCCGCAUGUCGAAGUGGAACGUGUCUGACUGCGGGAUGCCCUCUGACCCGCUGAAGAUCAACGGGACCCUGACCCCUGACCCCCUCAACAUCAACGACAUGAUCACUGGCGGCUUCAACGUCACGCCCAUGGUCAUGGUCAGCAGCCCGCUCAGGGCACAGGUCACCAUCAUGAAGAAGGGCUCCUACGUGCUGCCGCCUCAGUCCUUCUACCUGCCGAGCGGCAUUCUGCCCAGCUGGGUUGUCACCGGAGAGUAUCACGGGAAGGCUGUGCUCUCGUCCAAUGGGAAGGCCCUAGCCUGCCGAGAGCUCACCAUGUCUGUGGUCUCCAGCUAAUUCGAUCAUUCUCAAAGUCUAGUCUCCACCAGACUUCUUUUGUAGGCGGAAUAAAUAGUAGAAAUCGG